GUAGAAUUGUGAAGUGACUUCCAAAAUAAACAAUUUUUGGUUUCAAGUUCUGUGUAUUUUUUAACGUCAAUGUAGAUGUAGUUUAUAUUUUCGUAUACUUUGUUAUGUUAUUAAUGUAAGUGAUAGAAUUUGUAGAAUAAUAACCAAUAACAAUGAAGGAAGACGAGUUAAAAUAUACACUCCGCCUAUUGGAUAACUUAACUGAAGAAGUAUUCGAGGAAAUCUUACAAGUUUAUUAUGAUACAGAAGAAUCUAAGCCAAUUGAGAACAUAUCCAGCCAAGCACUAGAAUUCUUAAAAAAAAAUUUGACAAGCAAUCCAGUUACAACCUCAACGAUACUAAAUUUUUUACAAACCCAUAUACAUGAUAAAUCGAUUUUGUAUAAAAUUCAACUUUUAUAUUUGGAAGUAUUAAAAUCUGAAUUAUCAAACAAUUAUCCAGAGAAAGUGAUUACAAUUUUGUCAUUAGCGAGAUGGGAUGAUAAAAUACAGCCUCAAUUAAUUAAUGAUAUCUUCAAUCAUUUCUCUGAUGAUAUAUUCAGACAACACAGAAAGCAGAUUCUGAUCAGCUUAGUUACCCAUAGAAAACCGGAACUUAUUAAUAUAGCUUCGGAUCUCAUGCACAGAAAUGAAUCACAGAAGCAUUUUAAAUUAACAGCAGAAUACAUGAUAGAACUUUGUUACCAGGAUAAGACUCAUUGGCUGUUGAAAGCCGCUCAGAUUUAUAAACAACAACUGAAUGAUAUGAAAAAUGUGACAUUUGAAAUUAAUAACUUCACAAAACAAAUUCUCAUAAUGGUAUUAAUUGAUCUCACAAAUUGUCCCGAGACGUACGACUUGCCUUCAUUAGUUAAUCAGUUGACAAACAUAUUUUCAAUCCUCGAUACAUACACAACAACGGAUCGACAAUUGCAAUUUUAUAUGACUGAAAUUAAAAGAGAAUUGACAGUCAUCAAAUUUUGCCUCGAAAAUAAUUGUAAAAUUAUGACGACAUCGAUAUUUAGUCAGGUUUUAAGUCAGAGUGCUUUAACAGUUAUAUCCCAGGUUUGUAGGCUGUCUAAAGUGGACAGGUACAAGGUGUCUAGGUUGUUGAAUACGAACAAUGAGUUUAUAACUGAACUAUUGUCUCAUAACAAUAAAAACAACCCAGAGAAAAUCAACCAAAGUAUCUCAAACUGGGAUAUUUCCACAUAUAAUAGUUACUGUGCAAUAACAAAGGUUAUAGAUACAAUAUUAAAUACAUCCGAAGGUAUUGAAAACACGCAAGAAAUGAGUACAUCACUCGAUGACAUCAAACGUCUAGUCUUAUCAAUUCAACCUUUGCAAUAUUGUAUCGAAGCUAUAGAAACUAUAUUCUCUUGUUUAUUUUUGAGAUAUGAAUAUUUCUCAUGCUACGAACAUACGCAAGACUACCCAUGCGGGACGCAUUCAGAAUGUUCCUACUUCUAUUCCAAAAAGCAGAACAAGAAUCCGAAAAGUAUGAACAGUUCGAGUACAGGUUUCCUGUGCAACUCUUUAACGACGCAAAUAAUUUUGAAUACUCUUAAAUUAUGUAUAGAAACAUUAUGGGAAAGAGACGUUAGCAAUACACAAAUCGACGACCAAAACACAUCGGCGCGUUUAAAAAAAUUGACGAAUGUUAUCAAUCAUUCUAUUUGGAAAAUGCAACUCGUGUCGACGCUUUCGCCUGACACGAGUCCCGUACAUCUGAAACUGUGUCUAGAUUACGUGGAGGUGGACGAGAGUAGUGAAGACGAAGAUCGUGAAUCCGAUCAAAAAGUUGUCAGAAAGAAGCCUAAAAUAAGACGUCGACACACGAAUCCUAGGCCCGAAGUUGAUCAAGCUAUGCUUACAUCUACUGUCUCUGCUUCUGAAGAGACGUGUUCUCUGAAAAAAAACACUAUAGAUUUCAUUUCAAUAAUGCUGGCGAAGCCGAAUUGUCUUGUAGCUCUGGCGCUGUAUCAAAAUGAUUUCUCUAAAGCAAACCAAAUAUUAGAGAUGUUCGAUUUAUCUGACUCGGAAAUUGCUACAGAAGUUACGUUUACCGAACAAUUGAGGCAUUUGAUUGCAAAGAUAAAAAAUAUUAUAUGUUAUCGAGAUUGCUCCCGAUAUCCCUCGAAAGAAUUAUCUGCACUUUCUGUUGUAUCUACAGAAGUCAUGGGCCUUGUAGAAGGGUUCUUAGCUUCGAACAGAGCCCCGAAUUCCUUCGAUAUAAUCGAAUUAGGAGCUCGUCAUCCACAUUUGCAACUGUAUAGCCAUCAAAAUGCUCCAUUUAUUAAUGCCGUCGACAUACUCCUUAGUAGCGGACUCAAUAGAGAAAUUACCUAUGGAUUAAUUAAUGUGGUCGAAAGAAAGCUUGCGGAAGUUAGAUGCAGUACUGAUGUAAUGGCGGUUAAGAAAACUAACUAUAUACGAUUCGUCGAGGAUAUCGCUAGUGUAACUUUUGAAAUUUUCGGUAAUACAGAUAAAUCGUUUGAUUUCGUAGAUAACGUUUGCGAAUUGAUCACAGAUUGUCGCAUCCCUAUUAAACAUAAGGAAUUUUGUAAAUUAAACCAGCUGUCCAAAGAGCUCAGGCAAUGUUGCUUCGACUUAGCCGAGAUUGUAACUCCUAAUAAAUCUAAGGAUCUAGAUGAAAAUUCGUUGCAAAAAUAUCAUCAAAUUUAUAUGAAUGUUGUCGCUGCGUCAGAUAAAGAUCUAUGUAAUAUAAACGAAGUUUCGCGACACGGUACCAAGAAAGCAAGAGUACAUUACUUAAGGAAAUGUUACAUGUAUUCGAAAUCCGUGUCACAAUUGGAACAGGAAGACAAAGUUAACGAAACAUCCAUAGACGCGCCAUACUUCUCGGUAUUAGAAAGACAAUUGCAUGACAUAUUUGGAAACAUGAUAAACAAUAAAGAAUUACCAAUAACGUAUUUGGAACCAAUAUGCAAGAAAUUAAAUGUGAAUUUGAUUCCGAAAUUAAUUCUUAACUUUUGUCCGUCUAUAACAUUAGCAGGCCCGUUGAGAGAGGCCAGUGAGGAAAAUUUCAACAACCUUCUACAGGUUGUGUAUGAUUUGAAAAAUUCGGAAGAAAAACUAUUUAUUGAACCAAUGACUGAUUUUGCACCUUUACCUCGGACUCCAGAUCCUCAGUGCCUCACCUAUAUUGUCUUACAUAAUUGGGUACUCGCACAUAUUAUUAGAAAAAUUCAUCCAACUUUAAGCGAAAGUAGUACGCAACAAAAUAUAGACGCACGCACGAAAUAUCUUAAUAAAUACAUGGAUUUAGAAAGAUUCAAUUGUACCAAAGCUUUGUUCGGAGGUAAUAAAUGUUUAGCGUCACUUCAUACAAUAAUAGACUUAGACAAAUUAUUUUCGUACUUACCGCAAUUACUGGAGUCUGGUAAGAUAUUGCAAUGCCUGAAAAUAUUGGAUGCACUGUCAGAACGUCAACUCAUGUGCAGUGCAAAUUUAACGAACAUCCGGGACUUGAUUUUGUUCAAAAUAGCUACCAAUCCAAAGGUCCACUAUAACUGGAAAUAUUGUCAAUAUUUGAAAUGCCCCGAUUUGAAGUUAGAUCUCAUACUUAACAACUUAUCAGCCUGGCCGGCGGAGGGGGCUCUUGAAGCUAUUAAUUACCUAAGAUAUAGCUUAAAUCAUAGUCUGAUAGACGAAAGUUUAUAUGAAAAAUGUACAGAUUGGGUCGUCAAAAUACCACUUUACGAUCAGAUAUCCUCCAUAAUGGGAACUAACCAUUGGUAUACAAUUUAUGAGAAAUCCAUGGAAAAUCCGGAAAAUAUAAUUGAAGUCCUUAUGGAUAGCCAACAGUUUAAAUUAUGUUUAGAAUGGGCUGAUGUUCACGAGGCUUCUGAUUAUAUGAAAAAUCUAAUCGUGGUUAAUCUUUUACGUCAAUUAUUUGAAUACACCAGUCAGGCGACGCCGACCUUAGUCCGUGAAUUGCUCGCAAGGUUACCGAAAACUCAAGCAAUGGACUUAGUUUCAGAAGAAAUAUCAAAAAUCAGAAACAUUGAAAUAUUCCAAGUCUGCAUUGACUUUGUUUCUGCCAAUGCCACAGUUUGGAAAACAUUUGAAAAUAUUAAAAUAGGUUUUCAAAUUAUGCUCGAAAUUGAAGCAAAUUCGAGGCAACUCUUCUGGGACUUAAUAGAAAAACCUCUGAUAAUGAUCGAGCAACUCUUAAUGAAUGCAAAGCUCGAAAUGUUGGUUCAAAUAAUAAAUAAAAUUGCACCCACACUCAAAAAUGACAUAAAUGGCGAUAACCUGUAUUAUAACAUAAAAGCAAUUGAUACGUUAUUGAUUUCACGUAAUUCUGUCGAUGCCUUGUUGAGAUAUUACGCGGAGAAAGCGUUAGAUAUGAAAAACCCGAGACUCUCGUGUCCUACACCACCAAAACCUUGGGACGAUUCAUUAUUACAGUCCAUAGAUUCUAUUAAUAUAGAAGCUACCUCGAAACCAUUCGUGAUGCCGGAACACGUACCCACAAAGGAACAGUGGGUAGAAGAUUACACGGCAGACAGAUGUAUGGUCUGCAAGAUAUCGAUAUUCUCAUUGAUUAUACGCAGACAUCACUGCAGGCGGUGUGGUAGAGUAGUGUGUCAGGGCUGUUCAAGAAAUAAAAUGCAGGUGCCAACAUACCCCAGUGGCGUAAAGUUCCGUGUCUGCGAAGAUUGUUUCACGCAAACAAUGAAUAAGAAAUCUAAUUCUGAACGGGAGAACAUGAUGUUAAGCAGCAACUCGGAUACCGGCAGCGCCACCACUUGUAUGGACUGGUGUCUGUCUACUAAUACGAAGAAGAAUGAUGCGGUUAGGACAGAGUUUAGUUAUGAGUUCACUCCGAAUGUUACUCUCUGUUUAUCCAUAAUGAAGAUGCAUACAAUCAACUUGGACUAUCCGAGGUUUCUUCUUGAUCGAAGUGAUGAGGUAGCGCGAGAACUCGCAAACGGAGGUGACUCGAGACUUCUGGUACGAGCGAGACGAUCACUUCUGCUAGCGGCCGCUGAACUAUAUUCGCGAGCUCCGAAUGAAAAAUCCGCGGGCGCGCGCGUGUGCGAGACGGGCGCCGCGCACGCCGCGCGCUGCCUGGCGCACGCGGACGCCAUGGCCACGCUCGUCAAGCACCAGGCGCACCACCUCGUGCCGCACCAGGGCGCGCAUCCCAGUCAAAUUGUUCGUUCUUUGCUGGAAGCGGAGAAAUGGGAGCUAGCGUUAGAAAUAGCGACGAAAUCGGGCCUCCCUCGCAACAGUGUUCUCGCUGCGUGGGGUAAAGCGUGUCUCAAGGCGGGAUGUUUUAAAGAAGCGCGCAGAAAAUUCGCUCUUUGUUUCAAGAACGCGCCAAACGUCUGUCUCGAUGUUCAGGAAGAACUGGAAUACGGGAAGGAAGCCUCGGAAUCACAUUUUGUAAAUAGAAAAUUACAAUUGAGAUCAGAGAGAUCUAUUUCUGUAUCAAGUAUUCAGUCUGAGAAUCGUUCUCGGAGCAAUCCGUUGCUGAAUGAAAUAAUAUCCAUGUUGGAAGAGAUGAACUACCCAGUUAACCAGCUACUCCUGGAUAAAGCGGAGACUAUAAAAACUACGAAUGAAAAACUAUCAACAAUGAAUACAAGCAAGAAAAAGAUUUCUCUAACAGAACCGGCGUUAAACAUAAUGCAUACUCUAGCAAGUGUCAAAAAGAUAAAACAAGGCGAUUACAGCGAUUUCCAAACGGCAACCGUUCAGCCGAAAAAAUCACUAGCUCAAGGUCUUUUACGCAGAAACAAUAACCACAACGAACCGAAAAUGGACCAUCAGAAUAAGAAACUCGACCCGUUCUUUUAUAAAGAAUGUGUUUACUAUCUCAGCAAUUAUGGUUCACACGUCGCAAAUAUAAUGUUCUUCAUGAAACACAGUAACAUGAAUGAAGUGAUUAGAUAUUGUUACGAUAGUAUGGUUGAUAAAGAAACCUUCACAGAAUCAGUUUAUAUGGAAUGCUUAAAGAAGGACAAAGUAAAUGAUCUUUUAAAGGCUAUGAGUGACAUGGACUCUACUCUUGAAAUGUGGUCGGAGUACAUCAUGCAUAUAUGUCGAACUUUAGAAGUCACAAAGAGACUGGACGCGCUGUACGCCCUGCAGUGCGGUACGGGUCAGCACGCACGCGCUUCGGCAUCUUGCGCUCUCUUGUACUCGAGGCCCAUUCCGCCGGGCAACCAGCCGUUCGGAGUGUUACAAGCACGACAGCACCAUCUAAACGCGGCCUUACACCAUCUCAGCCAGUGUGUACCGGUCACCAAUAAAGUAAAUGAUCCAAGAUCAAUACAAUUCAAUCUUGACAAAACUACCAUAGACAAUCUCAUGACGACGAUGUCUCGUCAAAUAGAAUUAGCGAAAUAUUUAGCAGCAAGUGAAGCGAGUGGUAGAUUAACAGAAAAAGUAAUUACUGACGUCAUACCGGUUCAUAGCGGACGAAGGGAAGAAAAUGAUCUAAGGCCGUUGACUCUAUUUGGUUCGAACACAGAUAAAAUAAGAAUCGUUGCUAUAGUACUGGCUACUGGGCAGACCAUAGAGGGAGGAUUUGAAUUGGCUUUCAAGAUCAUUAGCGAGCAUAAGUUGGACUCUAUGAAUAUUUACACACACGUGGCAAAAUAUUUGGUAAACGCGGACAGAUUUAUGGAAGUAAAGACGUUGGCGAAGUGCAUUCGGACUUCAAAAGAAACUGCUGCCAAUCUGAUGAGCGACCAGGUGCUGGAGGCGGGUGCCAGCGCCGUGGUGUCGCGCUGCGAGGCGCGCGGGCAGCUGCACGACGAGCAGGCUGAGAUGCUCAUCACAGACAUCGCUAGUGUCGCUGUCAAGAUCUCCUGCUAUCUUGUAUGCCGUAAUGUAAGCAGCGCUUACAUACUGGCAGCAAAGCACGACCGUACUAACGACCUCCGAAGAGUGUUGCAAGAAGCCGAAAGAUUGGGUAACGACCAAGUGAGGAACGCUUGUCUCAAGCGACUCACAUCUAAAAACUUACUCUUAUAGCAAUCUCUAAAAAUAUUUAGUAGAAAUUGAAACUUAUAACCAAAAAUGUUAAGAUUUUUUAUAGGCCUCAGGACAUUAAAUAAAUAAUUUAGUGAAAUAAUCUCUCAAUAUUGCAAAGUAUGAUAAUUAUGUCUUUGACUGUUAUAUAUUUUAAAAAAUAAACUUAGUCACUAGGUGCGAUUCUCUAUUGGGAUGUGAUAAUUUAUAAUCUGUAAAAAUGUAUAACUAUUAAUUUGUUUAUGUCUUACCAAUUUAUAUUGUAGAAAUUGUCUUUAUUAAUGAAAUAUUAUAAAAUGUUAUAAAUGCGAGCAUUUGUUUCCUUGUUAAAUCAAUUUAUUAAAAAUGUAACAAACAAUGAUACUAAUUAUUAUGUGCACAUUUUUUUAUCUAAUUUGAAUGUAGUGAAACACUUGAUAUCCUUGUUAAUACCCAACAAAGAUUAUACAAGCAGAAUUUACAUUCCUGUCAAAAUAGUUAUGACUGUGUGCAAAUGAACUAAAUACAAUAAAUCAUUAAUAGUUGAUAAAUAUUUUUGUAUAUUAAUAAAAAAAAAAAAUAACCUAUAUAUUUAAAUUCAUUUGAUAAACAGCUAUAUUUUGUUGCGGUGUCUUAUAUAUAUAUUUUAAAU